AUGGAUGCAGACCUUAUGGUCAACAGCAGCAAUGGUGUUGACCCCACACAUCCCUGCUACAUCUCGGACAAUGACACUUAUAUGUUUGCAAAUAACCCCUCUGUUGUAUGUGUGUCUUUAUACAUUUUCCUUGGAUUACUGUCUGUAAUCACUGUCUGUGGAAACUUUCUUGUAAUAUUUUCCAUCAUUUACUUCAGACAGCUCCACACUCCUACCAACUACCUCAUCCUCUCUCUUGCUGUCGCUGACCUGCUUGUUGGGGUCGUGGUGUUCCCCUUCAGCAUGGCUUUCACCGUGACUUCCUGCAUGCACUAUGAGAGUUUGUUCUGCAAAAUACGCGACAGCUUCGACGUCACAAUGUGCACGUCCUCUAUUCUCAACCUGUGCUGCAUCUCCAUAGACAGAUACCAUGCGGUGUGCGAGCCCCUGACGUACAGGACGAAAAUAAAUGCUCGGGUAACCGGGGUGAUGAUCCUGUUCAGCUGGGGCGUCUCUCUUCUAAUAGGAGUUGGCAUCAUUGUUGCGGGAUUCAGCCAAGGCGCAUGUGAGGACACAUGCUCCAUUGACAUUAUAGUGGCCAACACUACGGGACCCGUUUUCUCCUUUUACCUUCCAGCAGUCAUAAUGCUCUGCAUUUACUUUAAGAUUUUCCUGGUUGCUCAGAGACAACUGAACAGCAUCCAGAGCACAAACGGCCAGAGCAUGAAGUCUGGAGCGACAGCUAGCAGGAUGGAGAGGAAGGCCACCAAAACCCUGGCAAUUGUGAUGGGAGUGUUUCUUUUAUGUCUCACUCCCUACUUUAUCUGUGUCGUCUUCCAGCCAUUAUACUACGACCCGCCACCACUUCCUGUGAUAGAAACACUGAACUGGCUUACGCUGUCAAAUUCAAUGCUGAAUCCUUUGAUUUAUGCUUUCUUUUACAGCUGGUUCCGAUCAGCUUUCAGGGCGGUCGUCUCAGGAAAGAUAUUCCACAGCGAUUCAGCCAACUCCAGAUUAUUUUGA